CUCUCCAGGGAAUCGCAGAGAUGAAGGUUCUGGUCCUCACCCUCUUCUGCCUCCUCCUUGCAGAGAAUGAAGCCAAAAGGUUUGAUAAAUGUGAACUGGCUAAGAGUUUGAAACAGAAGGGGUUGGAUGGCUAUCAUGGCAUCAGCCUGGCUGACUGUGAGUUUGCUCUUCCUUUCGCUUCAUCUUUGCAAUUUCUGGUGUUUUAAGGGCAAAGCUGAAAUGGGGACUUCUUUUCGGGAAAAGGUUCACACACCCUGCUGCCCAUCAAAAUGUCCCAACUUUCAUUUGUUGUUUGUGCAAAUUUCUAUUUAAGGCGGGGGGGGGGGUAGACGUUACAGACAGCUUCCGUAGUGAACAUUAAAAGAAAGUUUUUGAAUUAUUCUUUGUUUCAAAAUGCUGCAACUUUGACAAAAAAAAAAAGUGCACACAGAGCGUAUACCCAAAUUGUAGCCCUUUUCUUGUCCACUUUGUUCCAGGGGUCUGUACUGCUUUUUAUGAAAGCAGAUUUGACACCAGUGCCGUUGGGCCACCAGACUCCCAUGGCAACCGUGACUAUGGAAUCUUUCAGAUAAGCAGCCGCUGGUGGUGCGACAAUGGACAUCGCCCAACAGAAAACGUGUGUAAAACCUCCUGCAAUGGUAAGCAACUUGAUACUGCAGGGAUUGCUAGCUCCCACUUCUUUAAUUCAGUUCACAUUUGAAGGUGAAUCUACCUAAUUUGCACUUUCUGAAAUAAUACACGGACAAACACACUGCACAUUCUUCAAAACUCACACUUCUAAUCUUGCAAUGCCCUUCUCAAGCCAACUGCAUUGGGCACAGUAUGCCUACAAAUAGAUAUAUUUACAAAAAUUACAUACAAAAGUACAUUAGAUUACAAAAAAUUGCAUACAAAGCUGUCAUUCAGGAGAAUUUCACACUAAAAAACUGCUGAAAUUACAUGAAGACUUUUUAAAGAAAGAAAUCCCCAACCUCCCUCCCUCCACCCCCAGGUGUCUCUGUCCAGCUCUCAGGACUGUCCUUAGUCAGUGGUCCCCAAUGUUUUUGGUAUGGUGACCGACAAAUCCAAAUUUGCAAGACAUGGUGACUACAGAUUUAUUGUCAAAUGAAUUUUGGACCUUAGGACUUCCAUAAAUGCUGGUACCAUUAUCUUAAUAAAUUUUAAAAUGUGUCUCCCACACUUCUCUCUUCCUGUGCCCCCAUCUUUGUUGAAUUUGUGAUGAACUUUUAAUGACAGACUUAAUAAUAAAAAUUAAAACUACAUAAUGAAAUUCAAAAUGUUUCACAUAGUAUAGGUUCCAUUUAUUCAUUUGAGUUAAAGCCAUUGGAGUGAGCACAGGAAAAAUUGUAGAGAGUACAGUCAUUGCUGCUUUCCUCCCCCCCCCCCCCACUUCAUGUUUACCAUGGGAAGCCAGCUGUGCGCUGUUUGUCCUGACUGUGCCACUAAAUAUUGUUUUUACAUGCAAACAUACACACUGGUACUGCUGUUGUUGAAUAACACCAGCGAGUACUCCUUGUACCAGGAAAAUCUAUACAAGGUAGCCAGACAAUACUAUUGCAUACACACAGAGCACACACCUAAUCAUCAUCAUCAUCAUCAUCAUCAUUUAUUUAUACCCCGCCCAUCUGGCUGGGUUUCCUCAGCCACUCUGGGCAGCUUCCAACAAAAGAGUUAAAAUACAUUAAAACAUUAAAAGCUUCCCUAAACAGGGCUGCCUUCAGAUGUCUUCUAAAAGCCUGGUAGUUGUUGUUCUCUUUGACAUCUGGUGGGAAGGCGUUCCACAGGGCAAGUGCCACCACCGAGAAGGCCCUCUGCCCCGUUCCCUGUAGCUUUGCUUCUCACAGUGAGGGAACCGCCAGAAGGUCCUCAGAGCUGGACCUCAGUGUCCGGGCAGAACAAUGGGGUGGAGACGCUCCUUCAGGUAUACUGGACUGAGGCCGUUUAGGGCUUUAAAGGUCAGCACCAACACUUUGAAUUGUGCUUGGAAACGUACUGACACAUACAGACCACAGACAUACAGACAAGUUUUGUGUCUCUUGCUCCACCUUAUACUACACAGAUAUACAAUCACUCAGAUAUGCCUCUCUCUCUCUGCUCAGGCGCUUGUCUUCCUCUCUCUCAUGCACCACACGUGCAAGCGUGCAUCCCCCUGCCCUCACCAGCAGCGUAGUGUGGGUUGCCGCCCCCUCCCUGGUUGGGGCGGGGGCCAGGGGGUGGCACGCAGAGCCCCCAGAGGGUGGACGGAGCCCACCCCCAGCAGGCUCUUUGACUGCUGCCUCCAUCCACCUGCCCACCAGACCAACCUGCCUGCCGCUGUGACUCAGCUGCCAGGGCUCGGUGCCUGUCAUGGGGAUCUUCUUUUUCUUCUUCUUCUUCUUUCGCUUCUUCUUCUUCUUCUUCUGUGGCAAUCACUCGUAGCCGAGUAAGAUUGUCUACCAUAAACAUGGUUUUAACAGUGAAUUGUAGAGGCCAAUUCUGGAUCCACACAUCCUUCCACAGGGGGGACAUUGGUUUCUGGGCAGGAGUUGAUCACGGUGAGGAUUGGCCAAGCGUGCCUUCCUCUUAGCACGUUUCUCCCUUGUGUCCUGAGUUCGAGUGUCUUCAAAGCCCAGGACACCUUUGGUCAAGGCUGGUCUCCAGCUGGAGCGCUCACAGGCCAGUGUUUCCCGAUUGUUGCCUGCUGCUGUGCCUCAGCUGCCAGGUCUCGGUGCCUGUCAUGGGGAUACCUGAUUGCACACCCUCAAAAAUGUGUGCUGGGGCGAUGACCCCUCUGGCUCCUCCACGCUACACCUCAGCCCCUCUCACACACACUGCCCUCUUCCCCUCAGACCACACAUACAUGUAACCCCUUUUUCUCACUUGCACAAAACAACAUGUAAAUCUGUCCCUCCCUUCUUCCAUCACACACACAUCACAAAUACAUCUCUCCCACCUCCCUCACACAACUUGCACAUCUCUCUCGCAGUCACACACACAUUACUUGAGCGCUAAUAUCCCAAUUCUAAAAAGCAUCUUCAUAGGGCUAAAGAACCACCUGCCAGCAGCGCCACCUAGUGGGCAGCAACACCCCUUACCAUCCGAGGAGACCUCUGCCUCUCCUUUACUUCUCCAACCCUUUUAAAAACAAAACAUCCCAGCACAAGGCAAAGGAGGCACCUGCUUGUGGCUGGUGGAUAGCAGAAUCCUGAUUGUGCCGGGGCAGCCCUGCUGCUCCUCCCCAUCGCACCCCUUCCAUUUAGUCUUACUUAUCAUGGGACAAACAAGGCACUCACUGCUUGCUGGCCAGGGAUCACUGUACAUCUCCUUCCUUCCUUUCAUUUUAUUUCAAGUAAUCUGGAGGCAGGCAGCUGUGUGAAGAAAGGUCCUAGCACUCCUUACCAAAGUAUUCCAACGGGGGGGGGGGGAGCACUGAAGAACUUGACCCACUUCAGCUGGUUUGGCUGCCCACUUGCAGGUCGGGACCCACAGGCUGGGAAACAUGGCCCUAGGCCAUGACCUUGAUGUUUGAUGCCUGCUUGAAUCUAAGGCUCUGGCUCUGGGAGAAGGCAGACCCCCUUUGGGGUGUUGACGCUGUGUGCCCCUUCAUGGCAGGCCCAGGUUGUAGAUAUGUGUAAGUAAACCAUAUAAUAUUGGUCAAGCUGGCCCCCUCCAAGGAUGCAGGUCUGGGGGUGGGGUGCAAUAUUGUGCCUCUCCACUCUGGUUCAGAGUGGCUCGCAUCCCACCAGGCCAUCAGCGUGUUCCCCAGACCACAGCUCCUUACCCAGGGUUCGAGGGACAAGGAGGGUGUUGAUGCAGGGCAGAAGAGGAGGCAGCCAUGGGCAAAGCCAUGGGGGGCAGGGAGGCAGAAAGAAAGACUGAACUAACUGACCAAUCACGUCCAAAAAAUGGAACUGCUGUGUCCUUGACCUCUGACAUUUGACCUCUAACCCUCUAAUUCAGGCUUGGAAUUGGAUGGACCUCUAGGAAAAGGCAUUCCACAGUUCAGAGGCAGCCUCUGCAACCUUGGGGGGGGGUGUAUUAUGGGGUUUGCAUUUUAGGAAUCCCAAGUAACCUCCUUUGCUUUCUGACAAAUCUUUGCCAGCAUUCUUAAAUGAUGACAUCACAGAUGAUAUCAAAUGUGCCAAGAUGAUUGUCCUUGACCCCAACGGGAUGGGUGCCUGGUAAGUGCUAAUAUCUCAGUGCUUGUAACAUUCAAUACCUGCCAAGUUUUCUGUUCACAUAACUGUGUAGAGGAAGGUGGUUUCACUUGACUGUUGUACAGCUGGCAGCUAAAGAUCCUUCCCCAAUAGGCACUGACACGGGCUAAAGAUGCUUCCUUAAAUGUACAGCCAGUAGUGCCCCCACUGCCCUGGGACCCUGCUGCCCUUCUCCACUUCCUCUGAGUAACUGGCAGCAUGACAUGGUGCUGGGAAGCCAGGAAAAGACCGCAGCCCCACCCGCAUCACAAAGCCAGCCACUACCAUGUGCAGCAAACACUUGGGUGGCUGGUGGCGACUAGGAGCUGUUAGUAGUUGUCUUGGUGGGGAUUUAAGGACAUGAUUUGGCAACUGAGCCAAUGUGGAGUAGUGGCAAGAGAGGACCUGGGAGACCAGAGAUCAAAUCCUGACUCAGCCAGGAAGUUCACAGGUUGACAUUGAGUCAGUCACUGUCUCACAACACAGCCUACAGUGUUUUUCUAAGGGGAAGAAGCAUGUAUGCCACCUUGAGCUCCUUGGAGAAAAGGUGGGGUAUGAAUGUAGUAAUAAAUAAAUUGGAAUGCAGGAAAGGAGGAGACAGUCUGAGUUCUGUCAUGGGCUGGAGCGAAGUCCUGGGGCAGAUGGUUCACUUCCCAAGUUUGCUUGGAGGUUCUUUCACAGAAGGCUAUCAAUGCUUAGCAGCCACAAUGACUCUGUUCCACCUCCAUUGUUAGGCACAAUAUGCCUCUGAAUGUGCUUUUCACUCACUGGAUCAUCACCUUGUCGUGGUGUAGAAUCAUAGAAUCAUAGAGUUGGAAGAGACCACAAGGGCCAUCGAGUCCAACCCCCUGCCAAGCAGGAAACACCAUCAGAGCACUCCUGACAUAUGGUUGUCAAGCCUCUGCUUACAGACCUCCAAAGAAGGAGACUCCACCACACUCCUUGGCAGCAAAUUCCACUGUCCAACAGCUCUUACUGUCAGGAAGUUCUUCCUAAUGUUUAGGUGGAAUCUUCUUUCUUGUAGUUUGGAUCCAUUGCUCCGUGUCCGCUUCUCUGGAGCAGCAGAAAACAACCUUUCUCCCUCCUGUGGGCUUGCAUGUUCCUAUGACCCUUGGGAGCGAGGCAAUCAGGAGUCUCGUACUCCCAGCAGGGUCCCCCAAGGCGGUAGGGUCAAAGGGGAGGAGCUAGACAAAGAAUGAUCCAAGAAGUCCUCAGUGGCAGGACCGUGAAACUGGAAGCCCCUAGUCAUGAACCGGCACAUGGGAGGUGGAUACAGAUUCAGUUGCUCAGACUCAAGGAAUGAGGCAGUUGAGCAGCUCGACAGCUGUAUCCAUGACUGAGCAGUAACGUUCCAUGGGAUGGGAUGGGAAGCAAAAUUUUGCUAGAAGGGCACCAUGGGCUGUUAAUAGGUAGACUUCCUGUUGACUGCUUAAACUGAUCAUCAGCAUGAACAGGAAGAAUGACCCUGCAGCUGACACAAAUGCCUCUCUUGGAAAUGUUGUGGAGCUUUUAAAGAAGAUCCACCUCACUUGUAGUUAGUUAUCCAAGCAACAGUCAUGUGGCUUCCUUUGCUUCAUUUUUUGCUCUUAUUCUGACUUUUAGGGUUUCUUGGAGGGAACAUUGCAAAGGACAAGAUCUCUCAGGGUGGACAAAAGAUUGCAAUCUCUGAGUUCCAUGGUCCUGAAUGAAUUCCAGCAUUUCUCUUGAGAUCCCCUUUGAUGAAACGUCUACCUACUGCCAUAUAAUCAAGAUCCAGCUGCUUCUUUCUGGGCUAGCAUUUGCAUGUUGUGCCCCACCCCAUGGUGGAGGGAAAUGGCCCUCUUUCUAGAUGAGGGAAAGUGAUUAUUAUUUUUAAGUGUGUCUGGGGUGGUGAGUCAUCUUGCUUUGGAUUGAGAGCUUCUCUGCUUGAAAAUCUUCAAUAAACUGAACAUAAACAAAA